AAAGUCCUAAGAACUACUUCUUCGGUGCUUAUUACCAGAAAAGCUCAAGCAAGAGCCAACAAUUUUGCCUCACUAGCCACGCAAAGCUAAUGAAAAUUCCUCAGGACGAAGAAAGGUCAAGUGCCAUCUUCUUGUUAGUUCUGUAGCUAACGAAAUAGCCCUGCCAAAUUUUCAGUUUAAAGGCUGCAGCCUCGCCGAGCCAGAUAACAUUAGGACCCGAAACUAAUGAAAAGCCAAGCCGCGUGCCUGGGAAAACUCCGCUUUAGCAAACUUGAGUAUGAUGUGUAACUGCACACAAGCGGCAGUUAUGGCAGCGGCAAAAGAUGCAAAUGAGAAUUCCUUGAGGUAUACCCGCUCAUUUACGCCGGCAGGAGACGACUCGUGGCAAGAAUCUUUGAAGCUGCAAGAGCAUCAGCAGCUCAAGUUGAGUGCUGCAUUUCGGCUUCAUUGCAUCUCGGUGAGCACACAGUGAGCGAAAAAGUAUGCGCCAGGGGGCGUUGCGAUGGCGAUGGCAGAUGCGGAGGCAAGGAGCACAAUAAAUCCCCUUCCUUAAAGUAGUUGUAUAAUAUUUUAUUUGGCAAAGUAUUUCGUUGGCUGACGUCCUGCCUUUUGCUCCUGAUUCUGCUUCUU